AUGAGAAGACUUACAGCAAAGAAGAGAACUGCACUGCUUAGAGUCAGAGACUGGUCUGAGAAAGACAGAGAAUUGACUGCUGACCUGAAGAUUGAGUGUGAUGAUGAGGCUGAGGGAGAUGAAGAUACAGUCAUAGAUAAUAGUGUCCCUGCUUCAUCAGCUGAUAAAAAGCAAUCAGAGAAGUCAUGA